AUGGAACACGACAGCGGCAAUCCAAGGACCUGGGAGCAACGAUUUAGCGACUCAGUGCAGGAGCCAAGGCAGAAGGCUAGGGUGCAAGAGGUGGAGGAGGAGGAGAAAGUUGCCUUGUUGGCCAUGUUGAGGGCUAUGCUUGCAUUUCGGCCUGAGGAGGGGCCAACUGCGACUGAGGUUAUGGAGAGCGAAUGGAUGCAAAAAUGGGCUCUUCCUACCUUGCCAAGUCAAAUGAAAGGAAAUGAUUUCCUUGACCUGGUUGACCUAUGGAUAAACGCAGAAGAGGUAUUUAUAUAUAAUACUGCUUGA